CAUAUCCUUUUAAAUAUUCAGGACUUCCAAAAGAGGGGAUUGUUGUUUGUAGAGGAACUUGCAAGCCGAAAAUAAUAGGUUUUCAGUAAUGAGAAGUGGUUCUCGGUGAAAAGCGAUUCUAGGAAACAUUCAAACUUGUUCUUGUCAAGAGACAAUGAAGGAGAAAAGUCUGAAUUUCCAAUAUUUGCUGUCUACAAGAACCAUGGCAAUCGUUCCAAAUAUUGAAGGGUUAAAAUAUAUUUUGGUUAUAUUUAUGAUUUGCAAAGAACAAGUAGACGGCUGCGAACCAAAGGAAAAUUGCGACACUACAUUUGUUCCAGAUUGUCUGAUGAACCAAACUGAUUUUCAGGCAGACAAUAUCCGGAUGGAAGCUGAUGUGCCAGAUGUCUGGAAGUGCCAGGAGCAUUGUCAAGAGGAAGCAGAUUGCAUGGGCUCUGUUUGGAUUCAACCCUGGUUUCAUUUCAAACCCAAGGGAUGUUUCUUAAAGAGCUCAAUGCUUGCAGCUCAAAGAGCUCAACUCAAUGGCGUAAUUGCCGCUCCCAAGUAUUGCUUGAAGCAGCACGGAUUGCCAGGGGAUGUUUUUGCCUUUCGAAACUCAAGUUAUCGAUUUAUGACUCAGAAAACUACGUUGGAAAAUGCUAUCGAAACUUGUGAAAGCCUUCACGGGGCUUUGUCAUCAAUGGAGACCAAAGAAGAGUAUUUCUUUAUUCGAUCCGGCAUUUUACAACUGACAAACUACAAUUUUUCUCUUUAUUCAGGAAAUUAUCACGUUGGCUUACGACCGAAUUCACUGUCUUUCGAAUGGAUCUCUGGCGUCAAAUAUGAUUCCAAUGCCUAUAAUGUGUGGUGUUCCGAACAACCAAAUACUCUGAGCAGCGUCCACGGAUCAUUACUAAGCUCUGAAAAGUCUUGCAUCAACUUCUUGACUGAUUCGCAAUUGGAGGAGAAAUUCAUUUGCGAAUUCAGAGGAUGCCUUGGACAUAAACCCCCCUCUUUGACAGCCAUGAAUGCAAAAGAAAUGAAAUUUGAUACAACAAUGGUCACUUAUAGAGUUUUCUCAUUGUAUCGAAGUGUCUAAGAAUUACCAAAAUGCUGACCAUAUAUCCGAAACCAAUGGUUCGUCAAUCCAAGAUUGUUCCGAUGCCUGUCAAUCCAAUGCAGAAUGCGAUCAUGGAGUAUAUUUGUCUAAUUUGCGACAAUGCAUUCUUUAAGACAAAAAGGGAACCAGUGUGUCGACGACAAACAAUCAUCUUUUCACGAUUCCAAAAAUAUGUGGUUUGUAGAAUGCAAAACCAUUUGAUGUUGAAACAUUUCUCUUGAUAACCCAAAACAGUUCCAGGAUGUUCCAUGGAUGGAACAGACUAUAAUGGUCACGAUAUAAUGUCAUUUGGCACACACGAUGCUUUUGAAUGCCAGGAGUUUUGCCAAGCUAACCCUGAGUGCGUUGGAGUGGUGUGGAUUAGGCCGUAUCAAUCUUUUCGUCCACGAGAAUGUUAUCUCAAACGUUUCAUGAACGUGGCAGAUCGAAAAAAUCAACCUGGCACGAUUUCUUUACCGAAGUAUUGUCUGAACAGUGAGCAUUGCACUUUGAUGAGUUGCUGUUUUGUCAAGAUUACAGGCAUUUAUCUUACUGUUAUACAUUAACCAUUAGACAACAAAGCUCCGGGGAGUUUUUUUGUGUUCGAGAACUCUGCUUAUAAAUUCAUUGGUGAAAAAAUGAGCUUUAGUCAAGCCAGACAGACUUGUCGGGAUCUUCAUGGUUCUUUGGUAUCCAUGGAGACUAAAGAGGAAUACCUAUUCAUCCGUUCAGCUAUUCUCCAAUUGAUGGUGUUUAAUUCAACGAUCUUUUCUGGAAAUUACCAUAUUGACCAACUAGAGUUUGACUCUAACUUACUUGGACGUUGCCUAGAAGGAGCUUCACGUCCAAGACCCAACUCCAAAGUACGGACAGGCCUUGGGUUCCAGAGCCCAGUUUUUUAAGCCAAGGAGUGAAUCUUAGAUCGAGAAAAGAUGCAACUUAUGUAGUGCAGUACGACGUUUUGCUCCAACCAUUAGACUCUCCACAGAUAUUUUCUCCUUUAAUCAUUUUCUGGUUUUUUCAUGGAUAAAAUGAAAAGUUGUAACCCGGCUUUUGUUAUUGCUUGUUUGUUUGGUUGCUUGGUUUGUCACGGAGUCAAAUAACAACUCUUUCCUUGGGCCUGCCACCUGGUGAGGGUUGUCCCAAUGAAAAUAUGUCAUGCGCUUCGUCAUCACAGAAAAAAUCAAUUUUUACCUCACACUCGGGAAUGACCAAUGGUUUGCCCAUUUGAAGCCCUAAAGCUGUAACUCUUUGUUUAAAUUGAAUACCAAAAUCAAGCUUGGACUCGGCUUGUCUGGGAUCGAACGUGGGGAGUAAAUUAGAAAGCAAACGCUGAACUAAUGGUCCUUUUCAAUUAGAAUACUAAAUAAUGUACUGUUGAAGUGUUGUGACACUAUGAAUAAGCUCCCAACUCUUUUGGAAGACGUCUCAUAUCCUCUAUGAGUAAAAUUUCGAACAAUUAUGUCAGUAAGAAUUAAACGGGAAUUAGCAUACCGUAUCAUUGAUUUACACUCCAAGACUUUUACAAACAUUACUUCCAACGAAAUAGUACUAAGAAAAGCACAAUUUCGCAUGGUUUUGGUGACCUACAUAAAAAAUCACUUGUGGUACUAAGCUUUACAUUACAUUUGGGCUUUUAACGACUGAUCAACAUGCAUGUCAACAACCACCAUCUAAUGAUCAAAUAUGGCCGACAGUGGGUGAAAAAAUAACAUUUUAUGGCUCGAAACAUGACAUUUAAAUCCUCACGAUACUUUAAACUUGUCCCCUUGUUAUAAAAAAAAUGAGACGGGACAUACAAAUCAAAAAUGAUUGAGGGUUGAUGAACGACCAAUCAGGUAGCCGUCUUAUACUACGCUAGAUAGAGUUUUAUAUUAUAUCCAUUGGGCGCUUACUUUUUGGAUAAUUAUUUUUCUUAAAGCCAAUAACUUUUGGCUCAGUGAGUCAUUAAGUCGACAACAAAUGUGUCAACAACUUAGCUCUUCUGGAAAACUCGAUAUUGGUUGAUUAAGAUAAAAUUUCUUAAUCCUGUGCCCGCUUUUUUAUUCUAUGAAAUUAAAAAAGGUAAAAGGUGAAACUUACUCACUGAUUGCCUUCGUCUGUGUUUUUGUUAUUUGUGUUGAUUGGAAGAUGGCUUACAACAUAUGAUAACAUAUCUUAAAAAUACAAAAUAGACAGGACUAACAGCAAUAGUAAAUUUGUGAAGCGGAAGCUUUCCAUACGACUUUCAAUGCCUGUCUUCUUGGUUCGAUCCCUCCAAAACAAUACAAAGCUUCUUGGGGUUUAAAAGAUGGAAUAUGCAGGUGCUUUUUUAAAAAGGCUUCCAAUAGGCAAACUUAUAGUUGUUCCCAAAGGUGCAGUACCAAUCACAAAGAGAUUUCCUUUAGUCACAGAUCAAGCCCAGGAGUUGUCAUAUAACUAUGGAAAAAUAAAAUGAAUGUAUUUAUGACAUUUUAAGGAAUCUACCGUUCUUUUAUACCCUGUAGGGUUGACCAAGAACAAUAAUUGGCAAUGGCAGUGGGAAUCUAAAUUGGAAUAUGACCUAGAUGACCCCGAUGCUUGGUGCUCAGAACCAAACGGUUGGCAUUUUCGUACCUCCUUCAAUGCUGAAAGAUCUUGUGUGACUCCGUUGCUGUGGGAUACUAAAUCAUUGGAGUCGGUUGUAUGCGAGUUUUCCCGUAAAAACGAAUUUGGAUUAUUACUGACGAACGUUGGAAAAAUCUUCCUUGGUUUGAACUGACUUUCAAUGAGUAAUUGAUUUUACUUUUCAGGCUGCUUGCCCUACACACCACCAAUGGUCCCAAAUAGUGAAGAAAUAUUUGACGGCUCAAACAUUAUCUACAGAACUAACUAGUAUGAUUGACAAAGGCAUCAAAAAGGAGACCAAUCAGAGAGCACUACUUUCUUGGAGCAGCAAUAUCUCAUUUACCCGCAAACAGGUAGCCAAUGUGGUGACAAGUGAUGUUUCAAAUAAUAUUUAUGCCUUAAGUUGAUAAAGGCUACUUUUUAAAGAAGUUGUUUAAUAAAAGCAAAAGCCCUAAUGCAAUGGUAAUGAGCUGACAUUGCGCAUGGCGCCUGACAGACCUUCAGUCAUUUUUAGGUCUGGCAAAUCAAUUAAGACAUUUUGUUCUGGAUUUGACCCAUGCCUCACAGCCACUUCGCAAUCUGAUGAAGAAAGAGACGUCAUUUCAGUGGCUUUCCGAGAAUGAAGAGGCAUGUCGAGCACUGAAGGAAAUUUUGAUCAACCCCAUUGGUCCAAUCUUGGCUCACUUUGAUUCCACCCUCCCAACCUCUCUGCUUACCGAUGCUUCACGCCUCAAAGGUCUUGGAUAUGCCCUUCAUCAAAUCCGUCCUGAUGGUCGUUCUAACUUGAUCCAAUGCGGAUCAAGAUAUCUGAAGGAGGCUGAAACCCAAUAUGCCGUGUGCGAGUUGGAAGCUUUGGCAAUCCAAUGGCGAUUAUGCAUUGUCAAAUGUACCUGGCCGGCAUGAACUUUACCCUUAACAAGGAUCAUUGGCCAUUACUUGGUAUCUUCAGAGGGUCAAACCUCAAACCUGGCAGCCGUAGACAAUCCACGUCUUCAACGGAUUUUAAUGAAAACGGCUAGAUACAUGUUCACCAUACAAUAGAUUCCAGGCAAGAAUCAUCGGAUUGCCGACACACUUUCACGUUAUCCCCUUUUUGAUGAUAAUUCUCAAGAAAAAUGACCACCUUCCACAUUCAAUAACUCCAUUCUUCUCUCCGUUGUUCAAAUGGAAUUCUAAUUUAGCCCUUCAUUCCAUCACCUUGAAUGCAAAGGCUGAUGUCAACUAUCUGGCAGUCAUGACCUCUCUUCUAUCUCGUAAAUCACCUAAACACUUACCUCAAUCUCAUCCGGCCAAAUUGUUCACCAAGCAAUGGGACAGCUUAUCCGUAGAUCACGAUAAUGUUUUUUGAUCCUUCAAGGCCAUCGCAUUCUUGUGCCCACCCAAUCUCGUUCAACCAUUCUCCAAGACUUGCAUCAGUCCCACUAAGACCUGCGCCUGUUGGACCUGCGCUCUGGCUUGGAGCCAGUAUUUUUGGCCGAGCAUGAACAAUGGCAUUGAAUAAGUAAUCAGUUCAUGUGCUCAAUGUCAGGAGUUUUGCCCUAGCCAAUAACUUUAACUUUAUUGCGACUCUUGGUCAUGUCAGAUUGUAAAAUGUAUAAAACUGUAUGUAUAAAUAUCAUAUACAAAAAUCGAUUAAUAAAAGAAUAAAAUGGUCAAGACUGAUAAAAUAGUUGACUAGAGUGUGGUAUCACAAUGAGUUUGACUAGUAUUGGUUCAGUGCACAUGAAAAAAGUGAAGAGGGAAAUUGCAGAUAGUACAUAAACAGGUGGGGAGAGGUAAAUGAUGAAAAUCUUGGUUAUUGCAGUAGAGUGGGUGGGUCAGAUUGAACAGAUCUUUUGUCAGCUCCCGUCGUUGAUGGCAUUGGGUCGGGAGCCGGACAAAGGUACGUGAGCGCCAAUACUCCGAAGGGAUGUCGGGCCAAGGACAAUAAGGUGUUAUUAAGU